AUGACCACAUAUGACGAGCGGGUAGAAUCUUUUCGACCUAGAAAGGGGAAAUCCAGCAAGAAAUCUUCUUUGAACGCGUUCUUGGUCAAGGGAUGGCCCCAUCCUUCCAACUACAAGGCGACUCCGAGUUCUCUUGCGCAUGCUGGAUUCUUUUUCGACCCGACAUCGGACAAGGGUGAUAAUGUGACUUGUUUCAUGUGUGAUCACUCUUUGGGCGAGUGGACUCAGGACGACGACCCUUUUGUGGAGCACCUGAACGUGAACAAUAAGUGCGCUUGGGCACUUGCUCGGUGUAGUAUCGAGCUGGAUAAACAAGCGGAUGGAAGCUUUAUUUUUACCGUGGCAGCCCGACUACCGACUGCAAAGGGCAUGGAGAAGGCAAGGGCAGACACAUUCAAAGGACACUGGAUCCACGAUAAAGUCAAAGGUCAUACAGCGAACUCGAAGAAGGUCGCGACAUUGACAGAACUACAACCUACCCCAGCAGAGCCUAGUAUCGUCGAGAUGGCGCCUCCAGUUUCCACCGCAUCUACUUCGCGUACAAAGAGUCACGCCAAAACCUCCUCUAAUGUGGUAAUGGCACCAGAGGUAGUCGAAGUAGCGACAGAGAGCGAUGCUCCUGCUCCAAAGAAACGAGGCCGGCCGAAGAAGACCACUACCACUGCGUCGACUCGUGCAGAGUCCCCUCCUCCGGAACCGGUUGUUCGGCAACCAGCGGCUACUUCCUCUAAGCCCUCUGCUCCAAGCGGAAGCAAGGCUGCUGCCAAAAGAGUCCCUUCAGUAUCCGCUAGUGCUCGAGAAGACGACGACAUUAUAGAGCAGCCUAUUGCACAAGAAGAUAUGUCAAUGAAGUCCACUGGUAGUAAAGGCAAGAAAGGAAAGGCUACCAAGAAGAAAGAGAUCGUAACUAUGGACAGCGACUUCGACCUUGUAUUGCCUCCACCCAAGACAGCCCAGUCCGUCCAUGAAGAGCAGAGCGUUGCUGCUAGUGCUCCAGAAGAGAGCGAGGAUAUGGCCGCUAAGGUCCCCAGCAAGAAAAAGGGUGCAAAGAAGAAGGCGGUGAAAAAGUCGAAAACCGCUCCUUCUGUAGUAGCGUCGGAAGAUCUAGCAACGGACGAUGGUAUGGACGUUGACAUUCGGACCAUCCCCGACGCGGAUAUCACACCUAUCCAAAGUAAUCGAGUGACCAUGGACUCGCUCGGAGGUUGGUCCAGUUUCCAGGCUGCAAAUAAGGAGUUAGAAGACUAUGCUAGGGCAUUGCAUAUCGAAGGGGAGUUUGCAGCUAUUGGCAAGAAGCCGCAAAAGACUCAGAUCGAGGAGGCCACUAUGAAGGGUAAAUCAAAGGCUGGUCCUUUGCCGACGGUGGCAUCCACAACGUCCAAGUCCCUGAAAGGGAAGGCAGCCCAAGAGAACCAAUGGGGAUGGCGAGAGCGUGAAAAAAGUGUUGGGUCAAGAAGUGCGCCCACGGAAGCAGAGAUGACUGAGGAGGAAGAGGUCGAGAAAUCUCUUGCUGGGGAUGAAGAUGACAUGCAUCUAGACGAAGACGACGAUAAUGAAUUGAGAGAGCCUUCUCUUCCACCUAGUCGAGCGACCUCGAUUGCUCUAUCUGCUACAGCAAGUACUACUGUAUCGUCCAAGACAAAAGCAAAAAUCAAAGAAGUGAAGAAGGUCAAGACUUCAAAGGAGCAACUUAUUGUCGAUCCCCGAAUGGCGAAUUUGAGGCACGUAGAGACGGAUGAACAAGCUACACCCAAAGCGAAGCGUCCGAUGCAACACGCCCCACCCAUUUCCUCGUCUUUACGUACGGAAGAUCACCCCAGCCAUCAUGCCCCUCCCUCUGCAGCCUCUGACGGAAAUCCAUUCCUCUUGAGCGCAGCUACCGGUGAGGCGGGUAUAGGCGGCGCGUCCUUUUUAACAGCAUUGGAAGAACCAAUGCUUCUUACUGAUGCAAAUUCGCAUAUGCUCACAGAAGAGGAGCGUGAAAUGACGCUCGAAGAGUGGAUUGCAUAUGACGUGGAGAGAAGGAAGGAGGUGAUUAGAAAAGAAGGUCGUCGAUGGAUUGACACCUUUUUGGAGAAUGCUGAAGCUUACAGAGAGAAAAUACGUGCCAUGUAA